AUUCCCACCGUGUUUUUGAUGUCUUUCUUGGAGGCCUUGGAGACAGGCUAUGGGAAGUACAAGAACCCUUACCACAACCAGAUCCAUGCAGCUGACGUUACCCAGACAGUACAUUGCUUCCUGCUGCGCACAGGAAUGGUGCACUGCCUGUCAGAGAUUGAGCUCUUGGCCAUCAUCUUUGCUGCAGCCAUCCAUGACUAUGAGCACACAGGCACUACCAACAGCUUCCACAUCCAGACCAAGUCAGAAUGUGCCAUCCUGUACAAUGAUCGCUCAGUGCUGGAGAAUCACCACAUCAGCUCUGUUUUCCGAAUGAUGCAGGAUGACGAGAUGAACAUUUUUAUCAACCUCACCAAGGACGAGUUUGUAGAGCUGCGGGCCCUGGUCAUUGAGAUGGUAUUGGCCACAGACAUGUCCUGCCAUUUCCAGCAAGUGAAGACCAUGAGGACAGCUUUGCAGCAGCUGGAAAGGAUUGACAAGUCCAAAGCCCUGUCUCUUCUGCUCCAUGCUGCUGACAUCAGCCAUCCAACCAAGCAGUGGUCUGUCCACAGCCGCUGGACCAAGGCCCUUAUGGAAGAAUUCUUUCGCCAGGGUGACAAGGAGGCAGAGCUGGGCUUGCCCUUUUCUCCGCUCUGUGAUCGCACGUCUACUCUGGUGGCCCAGUCCCAGAUUGGUUUCAUUGACUUCAUUGUAGAGCCCACAUUCUCUGUGCUGACUGAUGUGGCAGAGAAGAGUGUCCAGCCCCUGGUGGAUGAUGACUCAAAGUCUAAAAACCAGCCCAGCUUCCAGUGGCGCCAGCCUUCUCUAGAUGUGGAUGUGGGUGACCCCAACCCUGAUGUGGUCAGCUUCCGCUCCACCUGGACCAAGUACAUUCAGGAGAACAAACAGAAAUGGAAGGAACGGGCAGCCAGUGGCAUCACCAACCAGAUGUCUAUUGAUGAGCUUUCUCCCUGUGAAGAAGAAACCCCAGCCUCCCCUGCAGAAGAUGAGCACAACCAGAAUGGGAAUCUGGACUAGCCCGGGGUUGGCCCAGGUCCUCAUUGAGUCCAAAGUGUUUGAUGUCAUUAGCACCAUCCAUUGGGACUGGCUCCCCCAGCUGUUCCAAGGGAGCAUGAAGGUCAUGUGGAAGAGACAACCCACCUAAAGGCCAAAUGCCAGAGAUUAUGGGGUUGGGGGAAGGGCCCCUCCCCACCUGACACCCACUGGGAUGCACUUUAAUUUCCUGGCAGCAAGCCUAGGAAAGUUCAGGCUCCCAGUGGUCACUGUGCCCAUCCCCCCGCUUUGGGACUCCCCUCCCUCAUGGCCAGAUGGCUACCUGGUAGUGGGGAGCUUCUAGAGGCUUCCCAGGGCCUGGAGGGGAGGGUCAGAGAUGCCAGCCCCCUGGGCCCUCCCUUAUCUUUUUUGCCUCCAAGUUUCUAAGCAAUACAUUUUGGGGGUUCCCUCAGCCCCCCCACCCCAGAUCUUUGCUGGCAGGUCUGGGUUCUUGUUCUCCUCCCCUGAGAAGGGUUGGAAUGGGAUAGAAAACUGGGAGAUUUCAAAGCUCUAUUUGUGGGGAGGAGAGGGGGUUCUUCAGGGCAUGGUAUCUUUCUAGGAUUGGGGUGGGGAAGGGCAUCCUCUUUACCCCAGAGUUGCACUGCUUCAGCCCCAUCCCUAGCCCAACCCUGAAAUCCUCCUUUCCCAUGCCAAAAUGGUGACUAGGGGAAGAGAGGAGCCAUUGGGACCAGGGGCUGAGGGGAGGCCUUUCCCAGGUCCUUGAGAACUGGGUCUGGUCUGGGCUCCUGGGACUUGUCAUCUUCCCUGGCUGAAUCUUGAGCCCUUUGCCUCCUUUCUGUCCUCUGUGGCUAGGAGGCUCCCAUCCGACCAAUGUCUGUACAGUGCUUUGAGGUCUUCUCAGCAAAGCACCUUCAGGAUGUAUUUAUGAGCACAGGCAGGAGAGUCUAGCCUGGUUGGGAUCCAGGGUGCAGGGAAGGUGAGACAUAUCUAGUAAUCCUGUGUUGCCUAUCAAGAAGGUCCCUCCCAUCUCCCAGAACGGGUUCAGCUGCAGGCACCAAGAGACGCCCCCCCCUCCCCUGGGACACUGAUAGGUGGAAGGCAGAUGGGAGAAGUGCUCAGGGUUACUGCUGCUAUGAUCUCUGGAGAGAGUCCAGCCAGGCCCCUUCCUGUCCUCAGGCUCCUUCUUGCCUCUCCUGCCCCAGAAAAGGUCAAAGUCCAGGUGACUGCCCUCUUCCUUUCUUGUAAAUACCAGCCAUGCAUUUGUACAGUGGGCCCUGUUCUUGUGAAGUCCAUCUCCAUGGUCUCUUAGACCUGCUACCCUAAAAUUUGUCCCUCCCACCCCACCUGAGUGGGGCAGAGACGCAUGUGACUCACCCCUGCCUUGGUCUCCUAGGCCCCUGCUAUAGCCAGAGAUCAAUAAAGAAGGGGACUGGGCUGGCUGUGUCUGGUGUUCACUGGGUGGAAGUUGACUGAACAUCUUCACAUACGCUAUCUUUUUCAAGCUUAUGGAAUCCUGGUGUUCUCCUUACAUGUAAACUGAGGCAUGCCUGUGGGCACACAGUUGGUGCAUGACAGGGGUGGAACCUUACCCUUCCCAGGUUCUGCUCUUCUCUGUACCCACACUGUUGCUUCAGCAGGGAAGGCAAAUUAUCUUGCCUUCCCCUUUCCCCCUCUCUCCUCCAGUGUCUGGGAAAAUAAAAAUCAGUUUCAGGAGAGGCAUGACUUAUGGGAUUGGAGCACAUUUCUUUACUAUGUUAGGUUUUUGUCUUAUCCUGGACCCUCAGUACCUAGGACAAGGGGCGAGAUGACUCUUAAAGUUCCCAGUGAGAGCCUCCUAACACGUGUUGUGUCCUCUAUCUGUCUUUGCUAAGGAGUUGGAACAGCUGGAGGAGGGAACGCUACACCUCCUGCCAUAGUGAAGUUCCCCAUUUUGUCCAGCAGGUGGCGCACACAUCAUCCACAGCUCAACAGGGCACUUAGUUUAGCUCUAAGUCUUCCAGCAGCUGGGCAGCCCAGCUAGGUGGGUGGAGCUUUUCUCAAUGAGAAAGGAGAAACUGAAGCUAUCUUUCCUUUUUGGCAUCCCGGAAGUUUUCCUUCUACUACCUGAUCUCCAUCUUCCCACAGCAAGUAAAGGCCAGGUUAAGGAAGAACUUCC